AUGCACUCUCCCAAGAAAAAAAAAAACUCUCUAGCAAUACACACCAAACUGAGCAUGUGCAGAGUGUCUCCACACAAUAUGACUUAUCAAGAGAUAAGAGGGGGACACUGGAAGAAGGGGAGGAUCAGAGAAGUCAGGAUCAAACAGCCUUUUUACACAAUACAGAGGAUACACCCCUUAGGUUCCACAGUGAGUAUAUCAAGCAUGCUUUACUGCCAGGGGCGGACUGACAGCUUAUGGGGCCCCCGGGCAAUAGGGGAUCAUGGGGCCCUUGUUUCCUUGCCCAAACUCAAAAAAGGCUAU